AGCCCCCCGAGGAGCUGGACGUGGUGAUAAUCGGAGCAGGAAUCGCAGGGCUACGAGCAGCGGUAGCGCUGCAGGAGGCGGGGGUGGUGUGUGUGGUGCUGGAGGCAGCGGACGGGCGUUCACCCUUGCACUCCCUCAAACGGUCCCUCUCUCUCUUCCCUCUCUCCAUUCCACACCCUCGGAGCCCCCCGAGGAGCUGGACGUGGUGAUUAUUGGAGCAGGACUUGCAGGGCUGCGGGCAGCGGUGGCUCUGCAGGAGGCGGGGGUGGCGUGUGUGGUGCUGGAGGCGGCAGACGGGGUGGGAGGUCGCGUGCGCACUGAUAAAGUUGAUGGGUUCCUGCUCGACCGGGGCUUUCAGAUCUUCCUCUCAGCCUACCCCGAGGCACAGCAGGUGAUGGACUACGAGGCGUUGGACCUCAGGCCCUUCUACUCGGGCGCUCUCGUGUGGUUUGGAGGCUCCUUCCACAGGGUGGCAGACCCCUUCCGCCACACAUCAGACGGCCUCGGCUCUCUCUUCAACCCUAUUGGCUCUGUCUUUGAUAAAAUGCGUGUGGGGCUGCUGCGUCUGAAAGCCGUGUCCACGCCCGUAGAAGGCAUUCUUUCAGCGCCGGAGAGCAGCAUUGAAGAGGCAUUGAAGAAGCAAGGGUUCUCCAAUGAGAUGAUUGACCGAUUCUUUCGCCCCUUUCUCGGGGGGAUCUUCUUUGACAACGAGCUCAGCACUUCGUCUAGGUUAAUGGAGUUUGUGUUUCGCAUGCUAGCCCUCGCACCCAACACCCUCCCCUCAUCCGGCAUCGGAGCCCUCGCCUCUCACCUUGCCUCUCGCCUCCCCUCCGACUCCAUCCGCCUCAACUCCCCCGUCUCCUCCAUCUCUCCUGUUGUUCCCACCGACGAAGCCGAUAGCAAAGGUUCGGAAGCUGGUUCGGGUGUGCCGAGCCUGCUGACGAUGCAGGAUGGGAAGAGGAUAUUGGCCAAGGGAGGGGUGAUAGUGGCAGUAGAGCAACCAGUGGCUCAGAGCGGCAUUGUCAACAACCUCUGCUUCCCCAGUGUAGUGUCCCCUUCCUAUGCUCCGCCCGGCAAGACACUGGUCUCGGUGUCCCUUGUAGGAGCCUAUGAGGACCGGAGCGGAGCAGAACUCGAGGCUCGGGUGCGUACGGAGCUGGCGGGCUGGUUCGGGAAGGAGGAAGUGGAGGGUUGGAAGAUGCUCCGGGUCUACAGGAUUCCGUUCGCUCAACCAGGGCAAAGGCCUCCUACAGACUUCUCUGGGGAAGUGGAAGUGGGGGGGAGGGAGGGAGUGUAUGUGUGCGGGGAUCAUAAGAGCUCCCUGUGA